AUAUCCUACAUAUACAUUUAGGUGUUUACUUUUACUUUGUCUAGAUUUCUUCUAAAAUUCACCAAAAGUUAGUAUUAAAUAGCCUAACGCCUCAUUUGCACAUUAAAACGCAAAAAUUCUGAAACUAUGUAAUAAGAAUACUCUUAAUGUAAGUAAUCAACUGGCCGAGUUUCUUGGCACUAUCCAUUAGUUAAAGUUUUACCCCAUUUACCUGUAGUGCAUCCCCUUAAAAUGUGUUUAAGCAGCUUCUCUUUGCUGCUCAUAGCCGGCAUGAAUGGAGACAAUGUGACGUCGUGACUGUGACUCUGUUUGGGGUGGGGGAGCAUAGCAACCUCAGCCUCCUCUCCUGCACGGAAUCUGUCAGAGGCGGGGGGCACCAUGAUGGCCUAUUAUGAUGCACAAAUCUAACUGCCUUGCAGUGUAUAAAUUGCAUUUGUGUUGUCUGAUGAAUACAUCUGGCUUUAUCCUUUACACAAUGAAGGCUAAUUAGUUUAUGCUGCAGCAUUCAUGGCUGUCUUUGAUAGGUCUGCCAGAUGUAUCAAGGACUGGUAGCAGGCCAAAGAGAGACAGCCUCAUUCAGCUGAAAGCCUCUCUCUGCAAUCUCCCAGCUGCUGCUGCUGCUGCUCCAGAGCCAAAGUGGAGAGUCCCCUCGCCCCCCUGCAUAGACAGAGACAAAAGGCCUGAUUCGCCUGCUGAACACUGCCCCCUUUCUCUGUCCGUCCCUUCAUGCACGGCCGUAGUGGUGGUGGUGGUGGUGGUGGUGGCGGGGGCUUUAGGAAAAAACGAGGCCCGGACUGGGACUAAUAUCUAGGACUGACCCAGUGAAGGAGAGUGGAAGAGGGGGAGGGGAGGAGGAGGAUGGGGGCUGGAAUGGUUGGGGCUGAGUAAAGGCAGGUGCUGAGGCCUCUACAGGAAGACUUUUUUUCCUGAAUAUCCCUCAGAGUGGAAAAUAAUUUGACAAGGGUAUGCCACAUUUACCUUUAUAUAUGCAUGAACGUGCAUGUUUAUGUGUGUCUCUGUGGUGGCAUAUGUGGGCAGGGUUGGCAUGUGUUUGAUGGCAAUCAUGGUGCAUGUAUAGCUUGUGUGUGCCCAUGUCAGAUUGUCUGUCCUGGGGUUUUAUACAUUAUUUAUCUGUAUAUCACAGUGAUGGGUGUAAUGCUGCUGCGGGCUGCAUGAAAGUUUUUAGUUUUCGGAGAGACUACCAGUGUAUCUGGGAUGAGAGCCCUGGGGGAGAAAUAGACCAAGGUAGCAGACUGAGUUUCUACUACCAUCAUGGUUACCUAAAAAUGCUUCUUCCUUUUAAUGUGUUAAGUUGAAUCUCAGUUUCUAUUAUCAGCCAGCCUUUUUACAUUAUUAUGUUUUAAAUCGAACCUCUUACAACCUAUUUUGUUGUUCACAUUGUAUGAUUUCUAUCAUUUUCUUUACUGUUGUCCUGUUUUCAUAUGUCAUGGUAACUGUGCUAACCCAAACACCAUCUUUUUUGUGCAUUUUCUGGACUUAUUGUACGUCAGUGCAACCAACCAGAGCAGUUAAUCUCCUUAAAACAUGUUGCCACCUUUCUAUCAAAUGUUGUGUUCUUGUUUGACUAAAUGUAUGACAAUAAACAAGGUGAAAAAUGUUGCAGUGUUUCCAGGUAGGUGGGCACACUGCUUGUGCCCGUGUGUUUCUGAGGCUGUAUUGCAGCACAGGGCUUUGUUGGGUGACCGGAACCAGAUAAAACUGGUUUGAGGCAGACAGAGGGCUGACAGGAACAAUGCCGCCCCUUGGCUCCAGGGGGAUAGACAUCUUAGCCACCGGCUACCAUGGAACAGGCAGAGACCACGCUCCUGCUGUUGCUUGCUGCUGGCUGGAUGUCGGUGUGCUACGCAACGCGGCUCAUAGUGAGGGAGGCAGGGAGAUGUGGGAAGGGACGAGGGCAGGGGGACGUGGCUGGUUGGGAGUUCUGUGAAUCUGCAGUCUGGAGCCUCCCAUACAUACACACAGACACACAUACACACACAUGCAAGAGCAUGAUCUAUCUGUCUGUUGUAUGUCUGUGGGCUGCUAGUGGUGCAGAGAAUGACUAAAGAGGAUCCUUACCCAGGACCACCACCACUCACCAGAUCCCUGGAUGUAACCUGACCCUGUAUUCUGGGCCUUUGCAUGGUCGGGAAGAAGCAGGACUUUUUUUUUCUCCUCCAGGCAGGGUGGGGUGGGUGGCUUUUUGUGGGUUAGUAUUGUUGUGACUGUUUGUUGCAGGAUGGAAGGAAGAAGGGAAAGGUUUGGCUAGUGGCUGGAGAGGGACGGAGGCAAGAGGGUGAUCCCUCAGAAUAGGAGGACCAUGGGAGAUAUGAAAACGCCAGACUUCGAUGACCUGCUGGCGGCCUUUGAUAUCCCCGACAUAGUGGAUCCUAAAGCCGCUAUUGAAUCUGGCCCCAACAAUGACCAUGAUGGACAGGUCAAGCAACCUAGUAGUCAGGUGAAUUCUAAUGAAGACGAGUCCCACAACCCCUCAACAGGACAAGACAUUGGCGUUAGUGUCAUUGUCAAGAACAUCCAAAACACAGACACUAGUGAGCAUGGUGAAAUCAUUUCAGAGGAGGAUGGUCAAUUCCACCCCCAAUCCCAUUCUGGUGGCACUGGAAAUGGUCUUCAUAAUGUCUUCUUGAAGAAUGUAUGGAUCGCUCCCAGGGAGAAAAAACAGCAAGUUAACAACCAAUCAUCUACCUUCAAUCAGUUCAGCCCCAUUUCCAGUGCUGAAGAGUUCGAUGAUGAUGAUAAAAUUGAGGUAGAUGACCCCAGGGACAAGCAGGGAGGUCAGUCAUUCUUUAGAUCCACUACUAGGACAGAGGACCAGAAUUCCAAAUAUUCUGUAUCAGUGGACAAUGUUUCUCGGCCCAGAGCAAACAGAGACCAAAACCCUGAUCAAAACAAGAACACAGAUGGCACUUUGGGAGGUUCAAAGUCUAACGAGCCCCCUCAAUCAAGUUUACAUGAGGUGGAAUAUCUAAAGGAAACUGUACCCAAGUCUCAAGGUCUGGAGUGCAAUGAGGCUGAAGAGCCGAUGGGGCUUGUAAAUGUGUCCAGUGUGUCUCAAAUCAAAGCCAAGUCCUCUGCAAAACUUUCAUCUUGUAUAGCAGCCAUUGCAGCCCUGAGUGCCAAAAAGGCUUGUGCUACAGACUUGGGUUUUUUGGAUUCUCCUACAACACAAAAAGAAGCCAACCUGAUUAAUACCAAUCCCAGAGCUCCAGAGAAGCUACAAGAGCAGGAGUCAGCCCUAGAAUUUGCAAAGAGGCUGCUAACAAAACAACCAGACAGCCCCUCUAGUGUCAUGAGUGAGGGUAGUAGCAAAGAUUCUCCUGCCUCAAGCACAGACGCCCCCGUCAUUCCAAAAGUCAGGAUAAAAACAAUCAAGACGUCUUCUGGCCAGAUCAAGCGUACUGUCACCCGAGUUGUACCAGAGUUUGAUCCUGAAGGUCUGAAAAAAGAUGACAAUAGCCUUCUUGUCAUUGCAACCACCAGUACAAUAUCCUCAUCUCAUACCACAGUACUAGCCACCACUGGAGGCCCUUCAAUUGAAAUAGCCAAGCAAAUGACUAUUAAACCAGUGGCAACAGCUUUCCUGCCUGUCUCAGCAGUCAAGACAGCCGGUUCCAAGGUCAUCAACCUGAAGCUAGCAAACAACACCACAGUCAAAGCAACUGUCAUCCCCGCUGCAUCAGUGCAGAGUGCCAGCAGUGCCAUUUUGAAAGCUGCUAAUGCCAUCCAGCAACAGACUGUUAUGGUACCUGCCUCCAGUCUGGCUAAUCCCAAACUUGUGCCAAAGACGGUCCAUUUUAGUAAGAUCAAUCUUCAGCCUCAGACUGUAUCUUCUGCUGUAUGUGAUCUCAAACAAGCCGUGUCCUCCUCAAGACAUCAACAGCAAGUCAAACAGCAGACAAUUCUGGCUGGCCGGACUUCAAAGAAAGUCUCUAGGAUUCAAGUGUUCACCAGCUCUCAAAGCCUUGUAGUGGAUGCUUUCAAUAAAGUCCUGAGUAGCGUAAAUCCUGUCCCUGUGUAUGUCCCAAACCUCUCUCCGCCAACCUCAUCUUGUAUCUUGCUACCCUCACGUGGCUACAAGUGCCUGGAGUGUGGAGAUUCAUUUGCUCUUGAGAGAAGCUUGACACAUCACUACGACCGUCGUAGUGUGCGGAUUGAAGUCACCUGUAACCACUGUGCCAAAAGUCUAGUGUUUUAUAACAAAUGCAGCCUCUUGUCUCAUGCCAGGGGCCACAAGGACAAAGGGGUUGUCAUGCAGUGCUCACAUCUAAUCCUAAAACCCAUCCCUGCAGAUCAGAUGAUAACCACAUCACCCUCAUCAGGCCCACCCAAUAAUACUGGCACAACUCCCACCCCCCAAGCACAUACAUCCACAAGUCAAAUAUCAGGGAAAAGUGCUGGUGGAGGGUCCCAAAAUACAGUGAUUUCAGCUCCAUGCAGUGCUUCUCUUGUGGCAGCCAUGCCGUUGGAGUAUGAUGCAUCAAAGCUCUGCAGGCACAGUCUAAAGUGCUUGGAAUGUAACAAAAUGUUUCAGGAUGACAGCUCGCUAGCUAUGCACUACCAACAGGCACCGGAGUCCAAUGGGCAGAAAACAUGUCCCAUCUGCCAAAUGCUUCUCCCAAAUCAGUGCAGCUUUCUGUCACACCAGCGAAUCCACCAGCACAAGUCUCCGUACAUCUGCCCUGAGUGUGGUGCCAGCUGCCGAUCUGUCCACUUCCAAUCACAUGUCACCAAGAACUGCCUGCAUUACACCCGUAGAGUCGGCUACCGCUGUAUCCACUGUAGUGUGAUAUUCGCUGAUGUAGCAACUCUAAAAUCCCACAUCCAGAGUUCUCACUGUGAGAUCUUCUAUAAAUGUCCUCUGUGCCCCAUGGCCUUCAAGUCUGCGCCUGCAACCCAGUCCCAUGAGAACACACAGCAUCCAGGAAUAAAAGCAGGAGAGCCCAAGGUGAUCUAUAAGUGUUCCAUGUGUGAUACCGUGUUCACUUUACAGUCCCUGCUCUACACGCACUUUGACCAGCACAUCGUAAAUCAUAAAGUUUCAGUUUUCAAAUGCCCCGACUGCUCCAUGCACUACGCACAGAAACAGCUAAUGUUGGACCAUAUCAAGGCCAUCCAUGGGACCCUGAAGACCAUUGAGGGUCCACCAAACCUGGGCAUACACCUCCCCCUCAGCACCAAGCCCACUAACUCUAAUAGUGCCAACAGCAACAGUCCUAGUAAUAAUAAUAAAAAAGAUGGAGAAAAUAUCAGUUGUCAAGACAAGAGAGAAAAGAGGCGUUCACCUUCACCUAUGAAGACUAUGAAAACAAACAGUAAUUGCUCAGCGGAUCUCAAGAACCCUCCCGGCUCAGGAUAUACAUGUAGAGAGUGCAGUGGCCUCUUCAGUUCCAGGGAGGACUUCGUGGCUCACAUGAGGCGUGAACAUGGCAAGAUACUGAAGAAACACCCAUGUCGGCAGUGUGACAAGUCGUUCAGCUCCUCCCACAGUCUUUGCCGACACAACCGUCUCAAACACAAGGGACUGCGGAAGGUCUAUUCCUGCCCGCACUGUCCAGCUCUCAGUCAACCGUUCACUAAAAGAGUGCUGCUGGAUCAGCACCUUCAUCUAAUGCAUAAAGUCAAAGACCCAGAGGGGAAGGCGGUCAACUCCGAUAAUAUUGAGGCUUUACCUGACAAAGAAACGACCCUCAGUCCCAAAAGGAAACCAGAAGAGGAUGAGGGGUCUCCAGGAUUGAACUGCAGGGGAUCUGACUCACAGCCGUUGAAGAGGCUCAAGGUGAACAUCCUUAAAGUUCACAAGUGUGCCGUCUGCGGCUUCACCACUGAGGACAUUGGAGCUUUCCAUGAGCACAUUCCCCAGCACAAGUCCGAUGGCUCGUCCUACCAGUGUCAGGAGUGCGGCCUGUGCUACACCUCCCACCGCUCGCUGGCCCGACACCUUUUUAUCGUCCAUCGGCUGAAGGAGCCACAGGGUCUCGCCCGAUACAACGCACGGGGCAAGGACGACGAUGAGAGUCAGAGAGAGAACCAGCUGGAUGACGGGACACCAAAUACCAAAUGCAAAGUGUGCAGCAAGAUGUUUGAAACGGAGGGAAACCUUAAAACCCACAUGAGGACACAUGGGAUGGCGUUCAUAAAGUCAAAGAGACUGAGCGCUGCUGAGAAGUGACACUUUUAAACCAUUCCAUCUAAAGCACUGUAGUUUAAAACUUAGACAGACAACCUUCAGUAUAUUACAGUAGGCUGUAUAUACACAAUGUACAUGUAAGGUACUACAGUAUGUAUAAGAUAUCCAAACAGACAGAUAUAAGUCAUAGUCACUUUGUGUUUUUAAGUAAAUUUAACCAGAUAGUUUUUGUACACACAUAGAUGUUUCUAUAGGCUUUGAAUAUAUCUUUUUUUUUAUAGAAAGAGCUUUUUAAUUUUAAAUAGUUUCAGCUAUCGUUCCAUUGUUCUCACUAGGGCUAGAUAAUGUAUAGAUAUAUUGUUGUAAUGGGAUUAAUCCUCAUAUAGUCAGCAGUAUUCUGAAUUUUCAAUGCUGCUAAUGUCAAAUGAAUGUCUGAAAGAAAAAUAUACAUAUAGAAAACUUUUGGGAGCCUCAGGUUUCCCAAGUACAGUACAUAUUACCCCCAGCUAAGGUCUUAUUUACUUACAUGGAUAACUUGCCUAAUAAUUCUCUCUGAGCUUUCCUUGGCUUCUACAAUGGUCUGGUCUCCUCCGAACACAUCCUGAAACUAUUGAUCCUUAAACAAAAUCUCUGCAUUCAUUUUUAACUGAAAUGACAUGAAAAAUCAGAAGAUAUCAGACAAAGGGUAUAGCCUUUUUUUAGCUGCAACUUCCUACAACCGUAUCAAAUUAUUAUUUACAUAUCAAAUACACAACUUUUCUUUACAUCAGAAACAGGAGUCUUUUAAAGACAAAUAUAUGGGCUAACUUUUGUGUCUUAUGGCAGUUCUUUGUGACUACAAGUCACAGUAAAGGUUUACUUAAAUAUUUAAAAUAAUAUAAAAAGCAAUUUUAACAGCAGUCUUCUUUAUAUUUAUUUUUCUCUCAGUUUGCAGUUCUUUGGUUUAAUGUGAAAUCAUGAAUGGUCAUUGAGAGGAGUAACUGGGAAAAUCUAACCUGAAGAAAAUGUAAACUUGGCUGUGAAACUGAAUUAUCGAUAAAAGACAACCAGAUCAAUUAAAUGAAAAAUAACUGAAAGUUGUAAGAAUCACAAUAUUGUAUAAUAUAUUUUCCAUUGCUUUCUUUGUUCCAAGCAUUUUCAAAAAAACAAACAGUACACUCUCUAUUCUGACAAUAAGACUUUAACUGUCCGGACCUGUGCAACUGCAUGUAAGAAGCAGUCUGUGAAUUGUUUGUUGAUUAGAAUGUAACUUGCUGCUGCUGUUUGCAAUUUUUUGUUUAUGUACAAAUCUGUUCUUUAUGUCAAUAAAUGAGGACACCUUCUAGCGGCAAGACCUGAUUUCGACUGCACGUGACACGUCAGCUCUUCUCUUUUGAAAU